AUGUCAGGACCAGAGUCACUCAAAGAUCGAAAAUAUCCUGCAAAACAACAUGCUAGGAAUGUUUUAUCUCAAUUGAAGAAAAAAAACCCUUCAAAGGCAACAGAAGCCAAAUUUUUCAUUAGUGGUGAAGUUCUAGAGGGAUAUAAGUACUGCGAUCAAACAAAACCUUUUAGACAAGAUCGAUACUUCUUUUAUUUGAGUGGGUGCAAUAUCCCAGGGGCUCAUGUACUAUAUGAUAGCGAGAAAGACCACUUAACAUUAUAUUUACCAGAUGUGGAUAAAGAAGAUAUUAUGUGGUCUGGUUUACCAUUAUCACUAGAGGACGCUGCAAAAAAGUAUGAUGUGGAUGAAGUCAAAUAUGCUUCUGAUAUCAACUUAAAUUCCAAAGCUUUUACCACAGAUAACAACCUCAAGAGUCAAUUUUUAAUAGAGCAAGACGAGGAUUUUUUUUUUGCAUUGGAUGAAGCUCGUGCUUUUAAAGAUGAAUUUGAAAUAGAAUUAAUGAAACAUGCUGCAAAAAUUACUGAUAAUUGUCAUUAUGCCGUUAUGUCCGCAAUACCUAUCGAAACAAAUGAAACUCAUAUUCAUGCUGAAUUCAUGUAUCAUGCAUUACGUCAAGGUUCAAAAAAUCAGUCUUAUGAUCCAAUAUGUUGUAGUGGAGAAUCAUGUUCUACAUUGCAUUAUGUAAAGAAUGAUGAAGAAAUCACUCCAGAUAAGAGAUCAAUUUUGAUUGAUGCUGGUGCCGAAUGGGAUUGCUAUGCGAGUGAUGUUACAAGAUGCUUCCCGAUAAAUGGAGAGUGGUCUAAAGAACAUUUAGAGAUUUAUAAUUUAGUUCUCAAAAUGCAAACAGAAGCUUAUAAGUUGAUAAAGCCAGGUGCAAAUUGGGAAGAUAUCCAUUUGGAAACUCAUAAAGUUUUAAUUCAAGAAUUUAUCAAAUUAGGGAUUUUUAAGAAGGAAUUCUCUGUCGAUGAAAUUUUCGAUGCUAAAGUUAGUGCUAGAUUUUAUCCUCAUGGACUAGGACAUAUGUUAGGUAUGGAUACACAUGAUACUGCAGGGUUUGCAAACUACUCAGAUUCAAAUGAAUUGUCGCGUUAUUUAAGAAUUAGAAGAAAAUUAGAGCCAUCAAUGGUUGUUACAAAUGAGCCAGGAUGUUAUUUUUCUCCUUUUUUACUAGAAGAAACAUUGCAGAAUCCAAUAAAGAGUAAAUACAUUAAUAAACUGGUACUCGAUAAAUAUUGGUAUGUUGGUGGAGUUAGAAUUGAGGAUGAUGUGUUGAUUACAAAAGAUGGAUAUGAAAUUUUCACAAAAAUCACAAAAGAUCCUGAGGAGAUUAGUAAGAUUGUGAAAGCGGGACUAGAUAAAGGGGAGAAAGGUUUUCAUAAUGUGGUAUAA